UAGAAGAGGCAGUCAGCUGCUAUCCCGUGUCUGCCAAGGGUCUGAAUCACAAGCAUUACAGCACAAUCAGAGGAACAUUUGGGACAAAUUCUUAAUAUUAGGACCAUCUACGUAGCCAUGCCAGGGGCUGCCUGCUAGCUGCUCAGUUAGACUCAGCUCACUUGUGUUUAUUUAGAUACAGUUCUAGAUACGGAGAGUAGAGUGGUCCCUGAACUCAUCCUGUAUGGCACAGAUACACAGCCUGUCUAUCUCCAACUAAGUCAAUUCACCCAUCGCUGACUCUGACGUAUUAUGAGGACCACCUUAAAUUAACAUCAGGAACAGAAACUCGUCAUCAAACCUAAAAACCAUGACUGCUAGACAAUGACCGGGUGGCUGCAUGAAUUUUAACGAGCUGAUUGUCUUUCCUCGCCAUUUCUGAUGAGAUCACGCAAUGUACGUGGUGUGAAUAGUGUUUGCACAAGGUAAACAGAUAUGGGGGACUGGACGUUCCUUGGAGAAUUUCUAGAAGAGGUUCAGAAACAUUCCACGGUGGUGGGGAAGGUGUGGUUGACUAUGCUCUUCAUUUUUCGAAUGCUAGUAUUAGGAACUGCAGCAGAGUCAUCUUGGGGAGAUGAACAGUCAGACUUUACAUGCGACACUAACCAGCCUGGUUGUGAAAAUGUUUGCUACGAUAAAGCCUUCCCCAUUUCCCACAUCCGAUACUGGGUUCUCCAGAUCAUUUUUGUUUCUACCCCAUCGUUACUUUACAUGGGACAUGCAAUGCACAUGGUUCGGGUAGAGGAGAAAAAGAAACUCAGAGAAGAAGAAAAGUCAAAGGGGAAUAUUACUGGUGACUCCGUCUACCACCAGCAGGAGUAUACACCAGAAAAAGCUGAACCUUCCUACAGGGAUGAGCUGAGUGGUAAAAUCAGAUUAAAAGGAAGCUUAUUAAAUACAUACGUAUGCAGUAUUUUGAUCCGUACUGUGAUGGAAAUAGCUUUUAUUGUUGGACAGUACAUGUUGUACGGGAUCUUUUUGAAUACGCUAUAUAUUUGCAAAAGAGCACCAUGUCCACAUCCUGUCAACUGCUUUGUGUCCAGGCCAACUGAGAAAAAUGUCUUUAUAAUUUUUAUGUUUUCAGUGGCAGGCCUGUCUCUAUUACUUAGUUUGGUGGAACUCUAUUACUUGGCUUGGAAAAAGCUAAAGGAUAAGGUUGCUGCCUCUCCCACAAACAAUCCAAAUGCCCUUAGGGUAGCGACUGUGGAACCGGAGCACCGAUCUCAAAGUUGCACUCCACCACCAGAUUUUAACCAGUGUUUGAGCAGUGACAAAGACAAAUACAGCCAUCCCUUCAACAAUACUCUGGCAUCCCAGCAAAACACUGCUAAUUUUGCAACUGAAAGGGUCCAAAGCGAAGAAGAUGCUGGAGAGGAACAAUUCAUACACAUUAACUACACACAGAAUGCUCCGGUGUCUGUUAAUUCUAUACCACACCAUACAUCCAAUGGCUACUGUCACGGCAACCGCCGCUUGAGUAAAACCAGUCGCACAAGCAGCAAAGCUCGGUCAGAUGACUUAUCUGUGUAGUGGCCACAAUAUUGUUUUAUCGUUCACCAUGGGACUCUUCCCGUCCUGUGAAUAGAGCCAAGCAACUAGCAGAGCUUGAUGUUCAGGAUCAAAUUUCUUGUUAGAUGACAAGGCACAUGAUUAAGAUGGAGGCUGAUAAAUCUUCAUAGACUUUCAGAGCCAGAUAGGAAUAUAUAGGAAUCAGACUUUUUGGGAAGAUAACACUGGUGGUGUUUUAUAUAAAGUGCUCAAACAUACUUGGAUAAUAGGAGUUACUAGAACCUGUCCUGAGGAGUAUUAGAAAAUGUAUGUCUAAAGACUUAUCAAAUAACAUGAAAUGUGUAGAGCUUUUUAAGCAAACGUUCCUUUUCUGUGGCACAAAGUCAUCUUAUCAAGUGUUGCAUAUUACAGUUCAGUGAUGAGAUAGCACCAGCAUUCCUGGGCCCUGUGUUAAAGGUAUUACCACAAAUAAAAAUAGAGCCUCAAAAGAAAAAACGUUUAAAGACCUUUUUUAAAGAAGUGUUACAAAAAUAUGUAAAUAUAAUGUCAAAAUAUUUUAUGUGUUUUCGUAAUAUAUCCAAUGUAGGCCCCGAUUUAAUAUUUUUGAUUAAGCUCUUCAAAAGAGUUAAUAUUUUUAAAGGAAGACUAUAUGGUCAGAAACACAUACAUGCAUUCCUGACCCUAUAAUGUUAAAAACGCUAUCUAGCUGCCCUUGUGCCCCUUGCCUCCCUAAAUAUUGUAAAAUCUUAGCUUUAUGCCAUUAUGCUGGUGCUGGUUCUGUCCCCAGUCUACCACCAGUCCCAGUCCAAUAAUCUGGAUUGGCUGAAAUGGUCAAUUCUGAUUAUCUCAGCCAAGGAGGUGGGCCAGGGGUGGAGUCAAACCCUGCCCUGGCCAAUCAGCAUCUCCUCAUAGAGAUUUAUUAAAUCAAUGCAUCUUUAUGAGGAAAGUUCAGUGUCUAUAUGCAGCACUGCCCCCAGAAGCACCUCGAGUAACCAUCUGACUAUCCCUUGUCUGUAACGUAAACA